AUGCGCUCCUCCAGCAGCUUGCAGCAACCCCCAAAUAACGGGACCCUGGGUCCUUUCGAUAGCCCCCAGUGGCCCCACCAGGCUCCGCAGGGCACGUACCUGCCGGUGGCCGUGCUGAUGGGCAUCGUUGUGGUCUCUGCCUUGGUUGUGAACGGCUUGGUCAUCAUGGUUUCCAUCAGGUACAAGAAGCUCCAGUCACCGAACUACAUCCUGGUGAACCUGGCCGUGGCCGACCUGCCGGUGGCAUUCUGCGGCAGCCCCGUCAGCUUCUCCAACAACAUCAAUGGCUUCUUCAUGUUCGGCAAACAGAUGUGCGAGCUGGAGGCCUUCGUGGUCUCCCUGACAGGCUUGUUUCAAAACUUAUUUGUUCCAGGUCUGAGAACCUCUUGCAGGUCCAACUGGUGAACCGGUAGCAGCAACAACAGCUACAUCUUGGCCUUGUUUGUCACAUGCUUCAUGAUGCCCCUCAGCCUGAUUCUCUUCUCCUACACCAAUCUGCUGAUGACCCUGAGAGCGGCUGCGGCACAGCAGCAGGGAAUGGACACGACGCAGCAGGCGGAGCGGGGGGUGACGCACAUGGUGAUUGCGAUGGCGGUGGCCUUUCUCCUCUGCUGGCUGCCCUACACCACGUUUGCCCUUGUGGUGGCUGCCAACAAAGACAUCGCCAGCCAGCCAGCUCUCGCAUCCCUGCCCCCCUACUUCUCCAAGACCGCCACGGUUUACAACCCAAUCAGCUACAUCUUCAUGAACAAACAGGCGAGAGAGAAACUGCCGCUGAAAAUGGUGUGCUGUGGUUACCACCCCUGGGAGGUGGGAAAAACCGCUCCAGCUGCACCCGGCCCCCCCACAGGCGUCGCUGCAGACGGGCUGCGGAAUAGGGUGACGCUGUCUCGCCCUGUCUGA